AUGGCAGAUCCUUUAAGCAUUACUGCGUCAGUGUUGGCUAUCGUUACCGCCGCCGUUCAAUCAGUAAAGUCGCUCAAUGACACUGUCUCACGCUACAAGGGACGCGACAGGACUCUACAAAGGCUCCAGAAUGAGCUGCGAGAUGUCUGUGGCAUCUUGGACUCGUUGAAAGAAGCGAUACAAGCAGAAGCAUCUGUUUCGGCGCUUCUCAAAGGCCCUGUUGGCAGAUGCGGCGAUAUCUGCCAAGAAUUCGAGCAGUCGAUGCGGUCUUUCAACGAAAAGUCGAAGACUGGGGUUCGAGAUUGGGCAAAGCUUGAAUUUAUGCGUGGAGACAUCAAUGAAUUUAUUGAUACAAUAUCUGGGUAUAAAUCGACCAUUGCACUCGGUCUUGGCCUUAUCACCAUACGCGCGGCCAAGGUCUCCCAAGAAGCCUGGAAAGAAUACAAUGAAUUGAUUCAAGAUACGGUGCACGAUCUCAACAUCCAUCUGCAAAGAGUUGACGAAAAAUUGGAAGGAUUUUCGAAUCCAAGCUCCUCACCUUCAAGCGUCAACUUAGGCGACGAAAAAGAAGUUACUAAGCAAUGUCUUCAAAUCUGCGAAGGGGCGAAACAGUUUCUGGAAUCGUCUCGAAAAUCCUCGGUGUUGGAGGAGACUCUCGAUGCUACUCAUGAUCCCCACCACGAUCGCUUCGAGGCACAAGUGCUCACACGUCAAGCUCUAGACGAAAAUCGGGAUAGUUUUUUGAAAAUCAUCGGUCUCCUCCGAAAUCGUCUAGAGUCUUUGAUCCUUGAAAACAAUCCGGAAGGCGGCAAGGAGAGAUCGCGCUUGCUAGAUGACAUCAACGCUUCCAAACAGUGCCUUGAGAUAUGCAAGGCGGCAAGUGAAGCUUCAUCUCAAAAGGUCUACCGAGUAGGGGAGGCUAUCGCUGACGGCGACAGCGAUCAGGUGGUAGCAAAUACUCUAGCUGACCUUUUUGAUGUCAAGAGAGCAGUAUCUAAAGAUCGUUCUGCACAACUUAUCGGCUCGAUGUCUGGAGAAGAACUUCGGUUUCUUGCUGAGAAACGGUAUGAGAGUCGAUUUGGAGCCGUUGCCCCAGAGACCAGUUCUGCUACUUCGACUCCGGUCGUCAACACAGAAGAAGAGACCAGCUCUACUCCACCUCUAACAGGGCUUACACCUCACGCUCAAUCAGUACAUACCAGUGAAAAGCCAUCCUCAAACGAAAUAAGGAAGAGGAUUAUUUAA